GAAACCGCUGUGAUCGCUAUUGGUAAGCCAACACGGACGUGAGACGAGAAUUUAUUUUAUUUUAGACCUUUAUCAAAUGUAUCCAUGUUGCUAUAUAGAUUUAAACGUUUUGAAUGAGUCCACCUCGUUAUUAUUCAGGACCAUAUGCUGAGAAAACCGAGCGGAGGAAAACGAAACGACAGUUUGAGGAGCUGUCUGGACCCGGAGGACGAAGCGGUUAGCCUUAUAGUAACUCACAGCUGUGCUGCCAAGAAGGAUACACACACUCAAAGUGGCAUCGCCAAGGAAGAGCACACGGAACAGAAGAUAAUCUGGCCGAGGAUAACCUUGUGAAUCUCCUGGCGUCGAGAAGGAGAUAAGUUAGUUGGCUUGGUGAGAAGACAACUACGGCGACGUUGGCCAAUACUGUCGCCUCAAAAUAGAAAAAAAACCCAAAACAAACGUCCAGUCACCAUCCAGCGUUUUAAGGAUGAACCACUUGUCCCUCAGCGAGCUAUGUUGCCUGUUCUGCUGUCCACCGUGCCCCAGCAAGAUAGCCUCCAAGCUGGCCUUCCUGCCCCCCGAGCCCACCUACAGCCUCAUGUGUGACGAAAGCGGCGGCCGAUGGACGCUGCACCUCUCAGAUCGUGCCGACUGGCAGUACUCGGCCCGCGAGAAGGACGCCAUCGAGUGUUUCAUGACACGCACCUCGAGAGGGAACCGGAUUGCCUGCAUGUUUGUCCGCUGCUCACCCAGCGCCCGUUACACACUAUUGUUCUCCCACGGAAACGCAGUGGACUUGGGCCAGAUGAGCAGCUUUUACAUUGGCCUGGGUUCACGGAUCAACUGCAACGUCUUCUCCUACGACUACUCGGGUUACGGGGCCAGUUCUGGGAAGCCAUCAGAGAAGAACCUUUACGCUGAUGUUGACGCUGCCUGGCAGGCACUCCGGUCACGGUAUGGCAUUCGGCCAGAGAACGUGAUCGUCUACGGCCAGAGCAUUGGCACUGUGCCCUCGGUGGACCUGGCUUCUCGCUAUGAGAGUGCUGCAGUUGUCCUCCACUCCCCGCUCACCUCUGGCAUGAGAGUGGCCUUCCCUGACACCAAAAAGACCUACUGCUUUGACGCCUUCCCAAACAUUGACAAGAUUUCAAAGGUGACGUCACCGGUGCUGGUGAUCCACGGUACAGAAGACGAGGUCAUCGACUUCUCUCAUGGCCUGGCUCUGUACGAACGUUGCCAACGCCCCGUGGAGCCACUCUGGGUGGAGGGGGCCGGACACAAUGACGUGGAGCUCUAUGGACAGUACCUGGAGAGACUUAAACAGUUUGUUGCACAUGAGCUGGUAAACUUAUAGAGGAGUUGGGGGUAAAAAGGGGUGGAGAGGGAGGAAGAGAAGAAAGCAUUGAUAUGUUAGGAGAGGGUGGAUAAAGGACAGGUGGUACAGUUUUCGAUCUUUUUCAUGAAGUGAUGCAAGUAGAAGUAGUAUGUCUGUGUAUUACUGAAGUUUUGGUGGCGGGAUUCUCUCCAUUAUCACCUCUCCCCCCCUUGGAACUCCAGCUCACUCAGGCCCAGAGCCUGUCAGUACCGUCCACUCCACAUGCUGCAGCUGUGAACUUAAAAAAACAAACACCCAUCUUUUGGAAACCCAUUUGUUUUGUUUUUGCUAUUAGAUUUUCUUCUUUUUUUUUUUUAAUCAUGUUGCACAUUGCUGCAGUGUGUGAAUGCAAGAGUACGUAGACACCAUACCAUGUGUACAACCUGUGUAUGAGAGAUUAUGUCAGUGUGUAUGUGUCAUGUUUUUGCUGCCUUUUAAGAAGGACAUGGUCCAUGAUUCUUAACGGGGACCUCUUAGUGGCCGAUGAGGCUUUUGAGGUUCAGUGAAACAGCCUUGUUCUAAUCUGGACUGGACCCAAGUGGACCAGAUUCUCUCCAAUCUAACUGAACUCCAUCUGACUUUGAGGUCAGGUUUGGUCCUACACACUGCAGUCACCAUCAAUUUAUUUUUUUGUUAUUGUUUAUUAUAUUUUUAUAUAUUAUACAUUAUAUUUGCACGUAUCAGCUGUCACUGAAGAACUGUACAAGACAAACUGACCUAUUUUCUAGCUGUGCCAGUGUUGCCAAAUGUUUAGUAUAAUAUAUUACAGAGACUCAAAAAGAAGUGUACUUUAUACAGUUAACAUACAGAAACAUCUCCGAGCCUUUGUCAGAUGUAUUCAGUCUUUACUUCUUUGUUUAGUCUUAGAGUGGUACAAUAUGAUGUUACAAUGUGCAGGAAUGUGAUGCAAGAUGGGCCUCAGUCAGCAGCUCAUGUAGCCAGUUAAAAGGCUGAGGCUGUGUAUCGUUGAGAAAUUUAGUGUGUUGCCACAGAAAACAUUUCCACAGUUCUUACUUCUGAGUUUACCUUAAACUGUGGUCACUUUAAGAUCAGUAUCACUAUGCUGUUAUCUAUGAACUUGAUGUUUUCAAGCAAACUCCCAUAAAUUCUUGAACAGUUUUAUGGACAAAAUAUCAGACCCAACUCUGAAAAUGUUCGCCUUGAAAUAAUAACUAUUAAGAAGCCCAGUUUUGACAGUGUUAUAUCUGUCUUUUGGGUCUGAAGAUAUCGAGUUAAAUAAUUUACUAUAGUUAUUAUUACAGAUCUUGUUUAUGUACCUGGAUUAGAUCUUUCUCGAUGUAUCUUUUUUUUAUGAUAAAAAUGUAACUACUGUUUGUGCUCUGAUCAAGACUUAUACCACUAAUGCCAAUCACGACUGAACAGUGAACAUGAUAAACGCAGUCCGUGUUAAUGUUUUUUUUAGUUCAGUAAGUUUAAAAAAAUAAACAUUUUAUUUUGAGUUAUUGAAAAACAUCUUUGUUUUCUUUAGUAUAUUUGAGCUGAGAAUGAAUGGACACCAGGACAAUGGGUUAUGUUAGCAUACAUGGCUCAGCUUUUAAAGGCCUCCAUCCCCGACAGAAUGUUUUUCUUCUGUUUUUGUCUUAACUUUAUCUUUCUGUCUGCAUGGUAUUUCAGGAUCCAUUGUUGUUUGUUGGUUUGCCCUUUAAUGCUGAGUGAGGCAACACAAAGCAUUAGCCAGCUGCAUUUAUUGUACUGAUGACUCCAUUAAGUUUCUAUCAGAGCCCUGAAAAGCUAAGUGCUACUGCAUGCCACAUAUGGCUUAUCUCUUAUAUUUCUGGCCAAUAUAAAGACACAGAAUUACAUAGUAAAUCUCAAUGAAUUAUUUUUGCUCUAGGUAUUUUAAAUACCUGUAUUGCGCUUGAGCCUGUGUUCACAAAUGGGGUCAAAUGAUGUUAUGUGAUAAUUGACCAACAAGCCAACAGGUGCUACUGUAAACCUUCAUGUGUGAUAACUUACAGGUUGAGAGGAAGCUAUGUUCGUUUGUCAGACUGACCAAGAUCAGCUAGGACUGGUAACUGUUGUUUGUCAGCUGAUUGUAUUUUGUCAUGAGGAGAAAAAAAAGUUUUUUUUCACAACUCAUUUCUGUCUUAAAAACUAUGUUGUGCUUUCUUUCAUUGUCACUUUGUAAAUACUAUUUGUACUGGAUAUGAUGUCAUUUUUUUUGUCUCUCACAAACUUUUUUCAUCAUCUCUGAACUGUAGUUCUUUAACUCUUGAUAUGACAACUGUUAGACCAAGGUAGAGCAUCGUUUUGGCUUUUCAGACGACCUUUGCCACGGUCACCUUGACUAAUGUCAUCUCUGAUUUGAUUAGAUUUUUUUGUACAGCAUAUUUCAAUACAGAAGGAACUUAUAUGUAAUAACAAUAUUAAUUAUAGUAAUUCAAAUGUCAAUAGAGAAA